CCAGUAUAAAAGCUGGAAUCCUCUGGAGCAAACAUCAUUCCCGCCAAGAAACAAGUUGAAGCAACUUAGAAAUCUGACUCGCUGAAAAGUUUUUAUAUGUGUGUGAAAUUGGAAUAACUCCAAAAUGAAGACGGCACGCACGAGAAGUCUCGGUAGGCACAGUAGUUGCUUUCUUAUCAGCAUCACUACGUUGGUUUUGGCGUAUUCGAUUUAUAUUGAUCAGGUUGUGGGCUUACCACCGGAAGCAUCUGCUAAUCCUUGGCCAACAUUUCCAAGAAGAAAUGUUGCAGCCUUAGCCAGGGAUGGCUAUUUGAGAAGCGCAUCUCCAGGAUACAAAAGAAGCAUCUCAACUUUGGCCAAAAAUGGCCAACUUCCAACAUUCAGAGCUCCAUACGACGAAACCGAUAAACAGGAGCAAGAUGAUGAAGAAUCACAUGAAAAGAGGAAUAUGGCUUCGAUUGCGCGACUUCGCAGCUAUUCAGCGAUGAAACGGAACAUACAAUCUUUGGCGAGAGAUGGGUUUCGUUUCGGAAGGGGUCAAUACAGCCAGUCGAACGAUAAGCGCAACAUCGCAGCAUUAGCGCGCAACGGGUUAAUUCACAAAAAAGACGAAAUGAUUGGUGACGAAUACUACUUCCCUUUCUAUCAAAAUCCUGUACCACCACUCUCGGAAAUCGAUGGUCCACUCGAUUUCAACGAAAUGUAUGAUUUGCAACAAUCUAUUAACCCGGACAUGCUUCCACCAUUGUCGCAAGUUUUCAAAAGGAGUGAUUCUAAUAUUGUACCUGAUUCUGACUCGAUGCUAUCGAGAAUGAAUUAUGGUGAUAAUUGGUAUCCGAAGCGCGGUUCUUUUGGAAUGCCAGCACAUGGACUCUACAGACCGAUUUAUAUAGAAUCAAGCGGUAAUAUUAGAAACAAAAGAUCCAUUUACUCCAUCCCUGAUGUUAUUGACCGUAACGAUAUCAACGUUCCCGAAGAUUACGAUAGUGACAAUGAUGACAAGCGAUCUGUAGAUGAAGACUAUGAUGAUACUCGUGAACAUUUAGAAAAACGUCAUAUCGGGUCGCUUGCCCGAUUAGGUUUAUUGCCAUCUUUUAGAUUUACCGGUGGACGAUAUAGUAGGUCAGGACGUGCCAGGUUGUUAUUACCUAGUCAGGAAUUAUACAGGAAGCAUUCCCCUAACGAGAAUUUCGGGAUUGGGCAAUAUCUCUCUGAUUCCGAAGCUGACCUACCCAUCGAUUCAGACGACACCGACCUACCGCCGCCGCCAGUAUCUGCUCACUCGCACCCGACCGGCCGGUACCUCCAUCAACCCCUAAAGAACGACCUCCCAAACACACCUCUCCCCCAGUCUCCACUAACGCUGAGCAAUCCGGAUGCUUUUGCCAAGAACCGCUGGCAAAAUAAGGACAACCCUAAGUUCUAUUACUUCAGAUCCCUAAAAGUACCAUAUCAUUCGUCCGGAAAACGUUACUUGUUGCUCCCAGCUGUUGACAACAUUAUGCUCAGGAAGGCUUACCGCAACAGCAGCCUUCCGAGUCGCCGUAAGAACCAGUAGCAAUGCGACUGCAAGCUGAGGGACAAGCAGGCCCUCAGCUUUGUCGAAGCCUAGACCUAAAUUGGAAAUAUUGUUCAGGUUGGUUCAAAUAUUCUCAAUGUCAGGGCUUCAACGAUAUCAUUGCCUAAUAAAACUUUGGACAUUAGAUUAAUGAAUUGGGAGAUUCGGUAAAGCGGGAACAUGCAAAAUUGACAAUAAAUUUAUUUAGUUGAUAUAUUUGAACGGACCUUACGGAUAUGUCAGACAUUAGGCUAGCGGUUGAAGCUAUUUUGGAUAUGUUUGUAAUUUUUAAGAAAAACGACAACGGCCGAUUCAUGACUAUGAUCAAUCUAAUGAUAAUGUUAAGAUAUUCUAGAAGAUUACGUUGCCAAUCGCAAAUUAAGUGUCUAUCAAGUAUCAUAGAUACAAGAAUUAGUACCUAAUUGAUGUUGAAAAUAAAUUAAAUUUGUGUGUCAAAAUCUAAGAAAACUGUUAAAUUAUUACCUUUACAUAUCUAUCGGAGAUUUACACAACUAAUUAAAGUUGUGGAUAACUUAAAUGUUGUUGUCUUGCAUAUCGAAAAGUUGUCUCUCAACUGACUAGAAUUUGCUGUGUAUGACAAAUAAAUAACUAUUUUUCCUAAUUUUAGAAUUUCUAUUGUAUUUCAACUUUGAGCUUUAUAAGAUACGAUUUGAUGUAAUCUUGGAAUUUUGGACAAUAAACGGGCAACUUUCGGUGACCACUCCUAUGAUAAUAAUUUUAAAAUUUUAUACUGUAGUUCUCUUUCCAUUCUCUUUUUAGCUAAUAGUAACUAUUUCUAAGACAUUGUAGGUAUCUAUUUAUUCAAGUAGUACUAUUUAUUGUAAAUAAAUGAGAACCACCA